AUGAUGCUCCUUGGGGCACUCCUGCUUGGCUUGCCACUAUCCAUCGCGGUCGCCAUCCCACAAACUGACGCGCUGGUCUCUUACGACGGCUUCAAGGUCUUUCGAAUCACCACGGGUGAUGCAUUGGAGUCGGUGCAGGAGAAGCUUUCGAUCUUCGCAACGGAGCCAUGGAACCGAGACGUCUCCCGACACAUCGAUGUUGCGCUUGCACCAGACCAGCUAGCAGACUUCGACGCCCUGGGGCUCGAUGCAACUGUCAUGCAUGAGGACUUGGGUGCUGAUAUCGCUGCCGAGUCUGCUCUCGCAGAAAGCAAUCUGAUGGAAAGACAACAGUCCGGCAUUGAUCUCACGUGGUUCAAUAGCUACCACGCUUAUGAUGAUCACAUCGAGUUCUUGAAAAACCUGCAGGCGUCGUUUCCAAAUCAAACCGAGAUCGUUACUGCAGGCGAAUCGGUUCAAGGUCGUACAUUGACAGGCAUUCACAUCUGGGGAAGCAAUGGUAAAGGAUCUCGUCCGGCAAUACUCUUCCACGGCACUGUACAUGCCCGCGAAUGGAUCUCGACCAUGACGACGGAAUUCAUCGCCACGCAGCUGCUGAUCAACGACACUGCGCAGGACUUCUUGGACAAUUACGAUUUCUACAUAAUGCCUGUUGUCAACCCUGAUGGCUUUGCCUAUACUCAAACCACAAAUCGCCUGUGGCGCAAGAACAGAUCGCCUGCUCCGUCAGGCUCGAGGUGUUUGGGCGUCGACGUCAACAGGAACUGGCCUUACCAGUGGGAUGUACCCGGCGGAUCCAGCACGGAUCCUUGCUCGGAAACCUAUCGGGGCCCGACUGCCGGAUCGACGCCCGAGAUGAAGGGCUUGAUCAGCCAAAUCGAUUCGCUAAAGGACGGCCCUGGCAUCAAGUUGUACAUCGACUGGCAUUCAUACGGCCAGUACAUCCUGACGCCAUACGGCUACUCGUGCGAUGCGGUGGCAGUCAAUCAAGCUAAGCAUGAAGAGCUGGCCAAAGGAACUGGCGAUGCCCUGACGACCGCGGGGGGGCAGCAAUGGACCACUGGUCCGAGCUGCUCGACGUUGUACGCGACUAGUGGUAGUAGCACGGACUACCUCAGUGAUGUGGCUGGCGCUGAAUACAGUCUGACCCUCGAGCUGAGGGACGAGGGUAGGUUUGGCUUCGUACUCCCGGCGAGCCAGAUUCUGCCGAGUGGCAAAGAACAGUGGGCUGGGAUGCAGUACUUGCUGGCAAAUCUGUGA